GGCCGGGGUGAAAAACUGCGUGACACGCAGUGAGCGUGGCGGCCAUCUUCGUCUUCUGGGCACGUCAGCUGAGCCGGUUAGGACUGAAGAGGAGCGUUGCGCAAGCGCACCCAAGACGGUCACAGGUAACUCCCAUCUGACGAGCGAGGCGUCGCCGUCGUCGCCGGAAGUUUGGUGUUUGCGCCGCGGGGGAGGCGGCGGCCGCAGCAGAAGCAGCUGAGUGUCUCCUGAUACCCGGAUGUGAGGCGAUCCGCUGGCUCUAGUCUGACCCUCCGCCAGGCAAAAGGAAGAUUGUCUUUGGCUAUAGAGUUUUUUUUUUUAAAGAUUACUAAACAUACAGGAAGUGAUAAGAAGUAUCAUUCAUUAGAAGCAUCAUCCAUCAGUCAACUUGAAGAAAAAGGUGAUAUAUUAUUUCUUUAAGGUGCUGUAUAAUGUGUUAAGAGCAUAUUAUAAGGAAUGGUUUUGUCUAAUUUUCAUGAGUUAUGGUGGCUGAGACAUCGAGUCUAUAUUUUGGGGCAAAAACUAAAUGGCAGCACAAAAGGAAAUCUAUAUUAAUAGAAUAUUUUGUUGAACAAAGGAGGUUAGAUAAGAGCUGCAAACCAACAGACUCAGCAAACAAGGAAAGAAACGUGUUAGCCAUAAGACAUGUUUCAAGUGAAUCGAAGUCCAAUAACUGUAGACUUCAGAAGAAAAAAGUUUUCAAAAAUUUUAUCAAAACAGGUCACUGAUAAAUAACUCCUCCAGUAAUAGGGCUAGGCCUGAAACCAAAAUUAAUUAAAAAAUUAACAAAACAGAUUGAACCUGAAUUAAAUUUCUUUUGAUAAAAAAACUUGUUAAAAAUAAUCAAAAUUUUCCUCAAAUUUUUAUUACCUUGUCCAAAGUAAAGCAAGUAUCUUUUAGCAUUCAUGCCAGCUUUUCUCAUGUUCUAGGAAUGACAGAAACCUUACUUGAAGCAAACUAGUAUUUUUGUUGAAAAUGCAUAUCAGCAUCAGUUAAAGUUGAUUUUUCAGACCUGCUCCUCAGUAAUAGUACUAGCUAAUCAGCAUUCACGCCUACCAGGACACAAAAAUCCUCUUCAAAACUACUCAGAAAAGAAAGUCAUUACUCAGGAAUGAUGUCCAUUCAGGAGAAAUCAAAAGAGAAUUCCUCCAAAGUUACUAAAAAAAGUGAAGAUAAGAAUUCAGAAACAGAAAUUCAGGAUUCUCAAAAGAAUCUAGCAAAAAAAUCAGGUCCAAAGGAAACUAUAAAAUCACAGGCUAAAUCUUCCAGUGAAAGUAAAAUAAAUCAGCCAGAAUUGGAAACACGCAUGAGUACAAGGUCAUCAAAGGCAGCAUCUAAUGAUAAAGCUACUAAAUCCGUUAAUAAAAAUACGGUGACUGUGAGGGGACAUUCACAAGAAUCUACAAAAAAGAAAUUAUCUCAGAAAAAAUUAGUACAUGAAAACCCUAAAGCAAACGAACAGCUUAACCGGAGAUCACAAAGGCUACAACAAUUAACAGAGGUUUCAAGAAGGUCGUUACGCAGUAGAGAAAUUCAGGGUCAAGUUCAAGCAGUUAAACAGAGUUUGCCACCAACUAAAAAAGAGCAGUGUAGCAGUACUCAGAGUAAAUCUAAUAAAACACGUCAAAAACAUGUGAAGAGAAAAGUACUGGAAGUAAAGUCUGACUCUAAAGAAGAUGAAAAUCUAGUAAUUAAUGAAGUAAUAAAUUCUCCCAAAGGGAAAAAACGCAAGGUAGAACAUCAGACAGCUUGUGCUUGGAGUUCUCAAUGCAUACAAGGAUCUGAAAAGUGUCCUCAGAAGACUACUAGAAGAGACGAAACGAAACCUGUGCCUGUAACUUCUGAGGUGAAAAGAUCAAAAAUGCCUACUUCAGUGGUCUCGAAAAAGAAUGAGAUGAAGAAGUCGGUUCAUACACAAGUGAAUACUAACACAACACUCCCAAAAAGUCCACAGCCAUCAGUGCCUAAACAAAGUGAUAAUGAGCUGGAGCAAGCAGGAAAGAGCAAACGAGGUAGUAUUCUCCAGCUCUGUGAAGAAAUUGCUGGUGAAAUUGAGUCAGAUAAUGUUGAGGUAAAAAAGGAAUCUUCACAAAUGGAAAGUGUAAAGGAAGAAAAGCCCAUGGAAAUAAAAUUGGAAGAGACCAAUGUUGAAAGACAAAUACUUCAUCAGAAGGAAACAAAUCAGGAUGUGCAAUGUAAUCGUUUUUUCCCAAGUAGAAAAACAAAGCCUGUGAAAUGUAUACUAAAUGGAAUAAACAGCGCAGCCAAGAAGAACUCCAACUGGACUAAAAUUAAACUCUCAAAAUUUAACUCUGUGCAGCACAAUAAGUUGGACUCUCAAGUUUCCCCUAAAUUAGGCUUAUUACGAACCAGUUUUUCACCACCAGCUUUAGAAAUGCAUCAUCCAGUGACUCAAAGUACAUUUUUAGGGACAAAGCCACAUGAUAGAAAUAUAACUUGCCAGCAGGAAGAAAUGAAAGAAAUUAAUUCUGAAGAAGUGAAAAUUAAUGAUAUUACAGCAGAAAUUAAUAAAACCACAGAAAGCUCUCCUGAAAAUUAUCAUUUGGCUAAUGAGAUAAAACCUUCUGACCCACCAGUGGAUAAUCAGAUGAAACAUUCUUUUGAUUCAGCAUCAAAUAAGAAUUUCAGCCAAUGUUUGGAAUCCAAGCUAGAAAACAGUCCAGUGGAAAAUGUUACUGCUGUUUCGACUCUGCUCAGUCAAGCAAAAAUUGAUACAGGAGAGAAUAAAUUUCCAGUUACAGGUUCAGCUCCCCAACAGCACAGUAUUCUCAAUAACCAGACAUCUAAAAGCAGUGAUAACAGGGAGACACCACGAAAUCAUUCUUUGCCUAAGUGUAAUUCCCAUUUGGAGAUAACAAUUCCAAAGGACUUGAAACUAAAAGAAGCAGAGAAAACUGAUGAAAAACAGUUGAUUAUAGAUGCAGGACAAAAAAGAUUUGGAGCAGUUUCUUGUAAUGUUUGUGGAAUGCUGUAUACAGCUUCAAAUCCAGAAGAUGAAACACAGCAUCUGCUUUUCCACAACCAGUUUAUAAGUGCUGUGAAAUAUGUGGGCUGGAAGAAAGAAAGAAUUCUGGCUGAAUACCCUGAUGGCAGGAUAAUAAUGGUUCUUCCUGAAGACCCAAAGUAUGCCCUGAAAAAGGUUGACGAGAUUAGAGAGAUGGUUGACAAUGAUUUAGGUUUUCAACAGGCUCCACUAAUGUGCUAUUCCAGAACUAAAACACUUCUCUUCAUUUCCAAUGACAAAAAAGUAGUUGGCUGCCUAAUUGCGGAACAUAUCCAAUGGGGCUACAGAGUUAUAGAAGAGAAACUUCCAGUUACCAGGUCAGAAGAAGAAAAAGUCAGAUUUGAAAGGCAAAAAGCCUGGUGCUGCUCAACAUUACCAGAGCCUGCAAUCUGUGGGAUCAGUCGAAUAUGGGUAUUCAGCAUGAUGCGUCGGAAGAAAAUUGCUUCUCGCAUGAUUGAAUGCCUAAGGAGUAACUUUAUAUAUGGCUCAUAUUUGAGCAAAGAAGAAAUUGCUUUCUCAGAUCCCACUCCUGAUGGAAAGCUGUUUGCAACACAGUACUGUGGCACUGGUUCAGAAGGUCACCCUGGGGUUUGUAAAAUGAGAAGGUAGAAGAGAGUUGUGAGGUGCACCAUCAUUUAAGAGUUUCAAAGAAGACUGCAUAAGAAGGCAUGAGCAGCAAGGCAGGAGAGCCAGAAGAGAGUGGUAGAAACCAAGGGAAAAAUGGCAAGAAUCAAAGAAUGGUCAACCCUGUCAUACCACAACUGAAGACUGAAGAGAGCCCAAGUGAUGUUAGGAAAACAGCAGUCUCAGUGGAGUGGUGGAGGCAGCAGGGACACAGUGAGUAUACACUCAUGGCCACAGACUGCAGAAGAGGGUGAGUCUGUAAUUGCUGACGAUAUAAAGGUGCUUAUACAUUUUUUGUUAGCAGCCCUCAUAUGAGUUGUUGGUUGUUUAUAAAAAUGUCUAGCAUAGAGACAUUGUAAGAGCCACAAAUAUAGUCAGGAACUACAAGAUUUUAUGGGUGAUGCCUUCAUCUGCAUGGACACACAGAUAAAAAGCAGUAUUUUUUUACUACUUCAUAAUAUGCAAGAGUGAACUUGGUUUAUCUACUGAAAGCCUGACUGUUGUAAGGACAGUCAGUGAGUACAACAAACCUGCAGUGUUAUUUUAAUUGUUCUUGUUUACUUUGCAAGGCUGCCCAGCUAUAGAGUCUUAUCCUUCUGGAUGGGAACACAGCUGUAUUCCUGCCCAUCCACAUUGCAGCUAGGGUUGAGAUUGCUGAGUUGAUUUCUAGGGUAGUGACUCCACACAUACAUUUUCUUUCUCAUGGCUCCUGAGUCUUUUGGCAGAAAAAGGGAUGAGUUCUGUCUUUUAGCAACCCCCCACCCCCACCACCCUUCUGGUAAAAAUAAAAUACAUUGGACUAGUAAAAAUAAAAUAUUUGGAAUGAAGUGGUCAGAAAACAACUUACUGGUGUUGCCUUUUUUUUUUUUUUUAACUUAAUACUAUCUAUUGUCAUAGUCACUGAAGUAGAUGCUUUAACUCAACACUUGAUAGUUGAGAACACAGUGAAUUUAUUAUGUGAAUGACUUUUUCUUUGGCCUUAGAGGCAAUUCCUAAAGUCAUCUUUAGCAGUAUUUUUACUGUUGUUUUGUUUCCAUUGAAGCCAAGGUUUCAGUGUUAGAGUAGUAUUCUCCUAGACUCAGAGGAAGCUUUAAGGACCAGUUUCCAGUUUCUGUGUCUAAAGAGAACCUUGAGAAAUGUUCAUUCCCUGGAUGUUGUUUCAGGCCUAAGUAGUUUAGUGUGAUGUUGCAGCAGUCAGUUUCACAGUUAAUAGUCUUUUCAAGGCAGCUGCUUUGGAAUGUAUAGUGGAACACCAGCAGUCUUUACUUUCCUCUGAAAGUCUGUCAUUACACUUACAAAUAUUUAUUGCCCUUCCUGAGGGUCCUUUGGCCUAGAAGAUUGUUUUCGUGGAAUCUAUGUCAAAUUCUUUUAAUUUACUACACUUUAUUAAUAGAUUGAAAGCCAUUUUUCUGGGACAACAAAGUUAUUUCUCAAAAGUUGGUAAAAAUUUUUAAGAAGAUAUAAUUCAUACUACAAUAACAACAACACCAUCUUCAUACUACAUAGUUCUAGCAACUUUGAGACGCUCUCAAAAAGUUUGAGAAGUUUUAACUGGAGAUUAACAAUAACAAACACCUUGUAUUAGUUUUAGCAACCCAAAAAGUUCUGUUUCCAAAAGGACAUCAAAGUGAGUGUAGUUGCAAUCUGUCAAAUAAAAGAUUGGGAUCUACUAUGUAUGUUUUCAACACCUCUUUAAUCUUGGUUUUCCAACCUAUAAUGUGACUUCCAGCCUUUUUAGGACAUUGCCAGAGUCAGGGAGCUUGUUUUCUUAACAUGCCAGAAAAACUAUAGAGAAAAAAUAACUUUUUGGAGGGGGUGGGAGAUAACUUUAAUACGUUAAGCAAAUUAAAUCAAAGGACAAAAACAUAACAGUAGACACAAGACAAUUUUGAAUCAUUAACAAAAUGUGAGGUAGACUAGUGAAAUUCACCAAAUUUUGGUUAAGAACAUUUUACAGUAAUAAAGUAACACAGGUGCCCCAUUUUCUAAAAAUCACAAAAAGCAAUUGCAUAAAUUACAGCCAAAAAAAAUUGACUACAACAAUUCUCUUCUAGUUUUUAGUUUACAUUCAGUAUUAACCUGUGUGAACUGUCAUACAUGCUGAGGUUCAGCAGGUCUACAGGUGAGUUACUGUGUGGGCCUAGCGAAUCCAUUCAUCCCACAUCAGUGUCCUAAGGGAUUGCAAAGCUUAAAGCUGAACACACUAGGAUAUAUAUAUAUACAAAUCAUGGUGUCCUGUGCUUGUGCAAUUUUAUCCUUAAAGAAGGACCUAACAUACUCAAGAAUUAUACUGAUAAGAUGAUUUUAAAAGAUCCAAACAUUAGUAAGAUAGGCUUUGAAAAGAAUAGGCAGGUCAAUUUCUCUAUUAUAGGGGUGAUGGUCUUUUGGCUUUAUUCUGGCAUAUCUCUUCCACAGAGUUAAAUAGUAUUUAAGAGCUCAUAAUAAUAAUUUGAAUUUUCAGAGUGCAGCCCUAACUAAUGGAGUACCUGCAUCUGAUGUAACUACUUAAAAAAAAGUUAUUUAAACUAUGAAGUCAUAAAGCCAGAAGAAACCCUGAGAGGCCAUCCACCCCAGGUACAAUUGUUUUAGAAUUCUUUCAAGUAUUUUAUUUGCCCUAUGUAAAUGUUAUUGGAAUAUUGCACAGACAGUGGGUUUCUUGGUAUUAUUUGCAUUAGGCCCUUUCAACAAAACAGGAACAAGUGAAAUACAUUCAUAUUUAAACCAAACUGCUUCAAAACAUACCUCUUUACCAAAAAUUCUGCUGUACUAAAAUUAAGGAGUAUUUUUUAAAGCAUAUAUAAGGCAGGUCCUCUUUGAAGGACAAUUAAAAAUGGGGUUAAAAGGAAUUGUUCACUUCAAAAUACAGUUAAAGCAUUAUAAGUAGCUAUAUUAAAACCAAGAGAUCUGCAAACCAUUUUUAGUCUAAUACAUUCCAUUUUUUCACUAGCUUUGUAAACUCCUUGUUGUCGUAAGAUAAUAAAGCUGGUCAAUUAACACUAUUUGUUCUAAGUAAAUGCAGGCUUAGUAGGCCCCUCAGUAGUUUCAGGUCACAAACAAGAUCGAUUCAAGUAAAAAUGGCCAUUUUAAGUGGGGAUAAAGUAGUAAAUAUGGGCUAAUGAGAAAACUCUCAAGAGAUUGUUCAAUGAUGAGAACUGGAGUAACUUAAGAGUAAACUUCUAAGACUUAGUUUUGUCUAGAACACUUUCUAAAAUAAAAGUAAUGUUUUUGAUUAAAAUAUUUGAGAAAUCUGUAGAAACAUAUGCCUCCCAUUGCCGAUACUGGACAAACACCCCCUGCUGAUUUUAAUGAAUCAAAAAGACUCUUAAUGCAGUCUUCCUUACUCCUCACAAGAGUCACUGGUAAGAUUAAGUAAAAAAACAUUUGUCUUUCUAUGGCUGUUUCCCAAUUCGGCAAUUUCUGUGGCGUUGUCAGUGUAAGGUGGUAAUAUUUAGUGCAUCUUUUAAAGGAAGCUUUGCUUGAGUCCCUGAAAGGAAACAAACUAGUUUCACUCUGCAACAGAACCUCAGCCUGACAUUUAGGUUUGCUGGUGCCAACUGCUUAAUUCCAACCAAACGGUGGGUGCAGGUUACCUGCUGAAAGCUUCUUAACUCAACUGACUUAAUCAAGUUCUUGCAAAAGAUUAAUCACUGUUCCAUAGUCUCAUAGAUAAGAUAUUCUUAAAGACUGGAAACACAUUUAAAGAAUGGGUAAAGCAAAGGAAUUAGGCUAGGAGAAGAUGUAUAAAUGCACACAAUGCCUGCUCUGCAUUUACUGAUUUGUUUGUUCAGUUUAAAUAGUAAACUUUAACUCCUGUGGAAAUUUUGCCAAAAGUUUCAAUACAUAGAAGAUUAUAAAUCUUAAACUAACACUGCACAGAGAAAGACAAAGCUAUUUCUUUUUUUUAAAUACAAAUAUCGUCUACAUUCUAUCAUUUCAAACCCCUGAGUAAUACUGUACCAAAGUACAGAUCUGAAGAGAAACUGAGGGUUCAGGCCUCAAACGUUAAUCUUCACUUAAUUCCACACCAAUGGCAUGAGUCUCAUGUAACACAUUCAGGCUAGUUAAUCCUGACAGUCAGUUUCCCCCUAACAUAGUAUAAUAGAAAAAAAUAAUGGAAACUCCAUAUUCACUCUCCAAACUAUAUCCUCCUCAGGAUCCCAUGGGCAGACCGUACCUUAAGUAAUUGCAUAACUGCCUAGGAUAGAGUUUACCUGAAUUUAAGGGUCCUGUAAUUGGAACUGAAGGAAAGUGAUGUCCCCAAAGACCUGGAUCAGAUUUGGGGAGUUCUUUGGAGAAUUUAGACAAAUAUGUUGCACUUUGCUCCGCAGUGAUUGUACUUUAAAGGAAAAAAAAAUCCCAAAUUGUUUCUGUCCCAUCCCACCUAGGCAUCUUUUUGCUGUUUUUGGUCUCUUCAAAAGCUCAUACAUGACGUCCAGUAAGAAAGUAGAGAGGCUUGUCAUCACUGCUGUUAGCAGUUUGAAACUCGUCCCGGAGGCGGAACUGCCAC